GUAGGCAUUUUGAGUAUUGUAAAACUACAAUUCACAGAAUACUCUAGGCUAGCUUUAGUUGCUGUUCAUGGCGUCUGUCGUAGAGCUAAGGGCAAGUUGCUCGCUGACGAAUAGUUAGGCAGAAUUAAUUUAACGGUGUUGUGUUAGCUUUUUUUUCCUGAUUGGCACCAUGGAGGUGGAGCGCGUGAGCGUGGAAGAAGAAAAUCGUUUGACUCGGAUGAGGUUCGACGCUGCCGUGAAAGUGAUCAAGAGUUUACCCCCAAAUGGUCCCUUCCAGCCUUCCAAUGACAUCAUGCUCAAGUUCUACAGUUACUAUAAACAAGCCACUAUAGGAGCUUGCAACAUACCACGACCUGGCUUCUGGGAUGCAGUUGGCAAAGCUAAAUGGGAUGCCUGGAAUUCUCUAGGAGAUAUGGCAAAGGAAGAAGCAAUGGCGGCAUAUGUUGAUCAGAUGAAGCUGAUUCUGGAGGGCAUGCCCAUGACUGACGAGGUGGAGGAGCUGCUGCGCGUCCUCGGCCCUUUCUACGAGCUCGUUGACGAGAAGAAAAAAGUCACACAGAUAUCAGACCUGAGCGCGGGAUUUGGAACAAUGAUGACUUCACUGGAAUCAAAAAACGUUGCAAAGAGCAUCAUCAGAAACAUGGAGAUGAACGGAACGCUGGAGACCCGACCUGCCAGGAUCGAGCAGGAGAAGGAGGAGGAAGAGGAGGAUGAGGAAAAUGAAGAGAUAAUGGAAGUUAGAAAAACGUCACAGCCAAAGAAGAAGAGUUCAGCCAGGAGACACAAACCAUCCCUCCAGAAUGGAAAACUCUCUAAUGGGGUCAGCCAUGCGACCAAUGGGAGCCUCGCCAGAGCUGCUCUAAACAGUGACGACUCUCAGGAAGGCCCAGACAGCGAGCUUCUGCUCAACGGACACCACCCCGAUGCAGGAAGCAGUCACCUGGCCAGUGACUCUGAUAGUGAAGUAUAUUGUGACUCUGUGGACCAGUUUGGCCAAGAAGAGAACUCCGAGCACAACCGUUCUCUGGAUGACCUGGAGGAGGAGGAGGAGGAGGAGAGCCACGCCCUGCUGCCUGUGGAGGUGCAGGAGGAUGCUCCUCUAGAAGUCAUCAAGUGUGGAGGAGAAGAAGGGGAGGCAGAUGGGACGAGGUCACAGACGCUGAAUGUGAAUGUGUCGGGCAGCUCCUCGUCCAGGAGAGGACAGGUUUCCAGGUCUCCAGGCCUCGGUUCAGGACCUCUGAUGCCGGCAGACAAUGGUGGAGACGGUGGCGGUGAGCGCUGGCGAGGUGUAGGGACACCCGGAGCGAACCUGAAUGAGCAGAUUGUGGUGGCGCUGGCCAGACUACAGGAAGACAUGCACAGUGUUCUGGAGAGGCUGCGCACCCUGGAGGCUCUCACGGCCGGCCAGGCGAGAUCCGGUGCCGUUUCUCCUGCAUUUGUAUCUCCUGUGAAAAAGAAGAAUCAGAAACCCUCCUGGUGGCCUUUUGACAUUUCACCUACCAGUUUGGCUUUCGCCGUUAUCUGGCCAUUUGUGGUCCAGUGGCUCAUCCGUCUGUACUUUCAGAGACGGCGAAGACGUGGAAACUGAUCCAAAGUCCCGUAAACGACUUCGGUUGAGCUAACGCUAAUGGCUACAACCUCCUCUUUCCUGCUAAUUCAACUCACAGCCCAGUAAUUUGCUUUUUGCACUACGAAGAAGGAUUUUGAGGAAUGAUCAGAAGGAGUCUUGCUGCUGCACCGCGGACAUGGCUUCAACGGGGAACACGAAUGUACGGGCUUGUGAUCUAGUCCUAAUACUGUACUGGAAUCCGUUUCUGUCCUGGUAAAACGGCAGAUUCUCACAGCUUCAUUAGUUACCCAUGUGAUGCUGCUAUAAUAAUAAAAUGUAAGAACUGUAGGAUAUAAGUGAAGAUUGAAUUUAAUGCUGUGCUGAUGUGAUUCUCUUCCCUUAGAAUAUUUAUUACAUUUAAUAAGUCAAAAUAAGGGCCAGAUUUCAGAUGUAUAAUGUUUUUUUGUUUGCUAAAUUAUUUUAAAUGAUUAAUCAUCCUGCGUCACGUCCACAUUUUCAACGUAGAAAAAGUGCCUCAUCGUCAUUGUAAGGCACAUUUAUACUGUAGAUGACAUAAUUUUAGCCUUCCUUCCUGAUUCGGACCAAAUUAUCUCGACUGCGUAACACUUGUUUUUGUUUACUUCCUCGUUAAACACUUCCUAAUGUAUUUAAUUUGUGUGUAAACAAAGAUCCUUGUUAGCAUUUGCAGAGGUGUCUACUAAUUGUAAACGGUAGCUGUACAGUUCAGAUCAAAAUGCAAUAUUUUAAUUGCAUCUGUGUAUUAAUGUAGAUUAAUAUAUGAAUUAUUGCUUAUCUUUUAAGAGCAAAUAUGUUUUAAUAAAAAUAGUAAGUGGUUUACCUUUUUACUGAAAUGUACUGCAGCUUUCCUACCCGCUCUGCCUGCAGGGAGGGGUUUGCAUGUGAUGAUCGCAGCCGAAAAUAAAGUUUUAACAAACA